GGUCGUCUGCGCAAAGCAUUGUGGGUCUGAAUAGCCACCUAAGACCACCGCCGUCCUUCGUAUGGUGGCGAUUUUCGAUCGACGCGGGGCGCAGCGAGAAUCGUCGCCCACGGCCUCGUUUCUUACGGUCAUUACGGUGAUCCCGGCAGCGGCUGCGGGGUGUCAGCUGAUCCUCGGUUUCACUGCGAGGGAGCGAGGAGCUGCAGAACAACACCGCCCGGAACCCUGAGACAACACCAUGGCGGCCGAGAUCCACUCGAGGCCGCAGACCGCCAGACCGGUUCUUCUCAACAAGAUCGAGGGACACUCGGACGCGGUCAACGCAGCCGUUUUAAUACCGAAAGAAGAUGGAGUGAUCACGGUCAGCGAGGACAGAACCAUCCGGGUUUGGUUGAAAAGAGACAGCGGCCAGUACUGGCCGAGCAUCUACCACACCGUCUCCUCUCCGUGCUCCUGCGUGUCGUACCACCACGACAGCAGACGCAUCUUCAUCGGUCAGGACAACGGCGCCGUGGUGGAGUUUCUCAUCUCUGAGGAUUUCAACAAGAUGAGCCACGUCAAGACGUAUCCAGCCCACCAGAACCGCGUGUCGGACCUGGUGUUCUCCCUGGAGAGCGAGUGGGUGGUGAGCACCGGCCACGACAAGAGUGUGAGCUGGAUGUGCACGCAGAGCGGAAGCAUGCUGGGGAGACACGUCUUCACCGCCUGGGCCUCCUGCCUGCAAUACGAUCACGAGACGCAGCACGCCUUCGUGGGCGACUACUCGGGGCAGAUCACGCUGCUGAAGCUGGAGAAGCAGACGUACUCCACCAUCACCACGCUGAAGGGCCAUGAAGGUAGCAUAGCGACCCUGUGGUGGGACCCCGUCCAGAGGCUGCUGUUCUCGGGGGCGGCCGACCACAGCGUCAUCAUGUGGGACAUCGGGGGCCGCAAGGGCCGAACGCUGCUGCUGCAGGGACACCACGAGCGCGUGCAGGCCGUCCGGUACCUCCAGCUGACCCGACAGCUGGUGUCGUGCUCGGCUGACGGCGGCAUGGCGGUGUGGAACAUGGACACGCAGAGAGAAGAGGCGCCGCUGUGGUUGGACAGCGACUCCUGUCAGAAGUGCGAGCAGCCGUUCUUCUGGAACAUCAAGCAGAUGUGGGACACUAAGACCAUGGGGCUCCGACAGCACCACUGCAGGAAGUGCGGCAAGGCCGUGUGUGGGAAAUGUAGUUCUAAGCGCACGGCGUUCCCCGUCAUGGGCUUCGAGUUCCCGGUGCGGGUGUGUGACGCCUGCUUCGAUAGCGUCAAGGAGGAAGAUCGGACACCGUUGGCCACGUUCCACGAGGGGAAGCACAACAUCGCUCACAUGGACAUGGACCCGUCCAGAGGCCUGAUGGUCACCUGUGGAAGCGACCGCAUCGUCAAGAUCUGGGAUGUGACGCAGGUGGUUGGCUGUAGCUUAGCAACAGGCUUCUCCUCGCGCUGAUGUGCCCGGGCCCCCACCUUCUCCUCCGUGCUCCGCCCACUCUCCCGAUGUCAUGGAAACCCCUCUGUACAGUAUCUCCACCCCCAACCCCCCCCCCCCCUUCUAAACACUCCUGGGAUCUUCAGCGCCAGUCCGGCCGGCUUGUGUGAGUGAGUGUGUGUGUGUGUGUGCAGACAGGUGCAUGCACCGUAAUGAUUUCCCUUAUGGGAGGAAUGGUAUCGAUUAUUGGCGUUUACAUUAAGAAUUCCGAUGCUCCUUCCUUUUAUUUUAUUACCCUGCAAAGUUGCCGAGCUGUCACUACGGACACGCCGUAACUGGGCCACUCGUCGUCUGUCACCGUGCUGCCAGGCGAUCGGCUUCGUCCCGUUCACCAGGCGACCUUAAAUCACUCGGUUUUACGCCAGUAGGUCGUCUCUUGUCCCCGUCCUCCUCGCGUAACCACGUUAGAGGCUCCACAGAGCGGGAAUCUCUCUAUGCGCUGCCGCUGUAGACGUGCGAGGGACUGGUCCCACCUUGCCGUGACAUCACUGACCCCGAUUUGAAUAUGUGGCGAGGUGAACUUCCACCGGGCCUCGCUAGCAACACGCAGACAUCCUCCGGGCCUCGCUAGGAACACGCAGACAUCCGCCGGGCCUCGCUAGCAACACGCAGACAUCCGCCGGGCCUCUCUCUCUGAAAUUGAGGUUGGAAAAAUAAGAGAAAUGCACUUAAAGGGGCCUCCAAGCCACAGGUGGCGCUUUGUUCUCAUUCGUUCAUCAGCGCUGGCGACCUUACACGACCUUUAGCCCUAGGUGUCGCCCCUCUCUCUCUCUCUCUCACACACACACACACGUGUAUCCGGGAUGGCUCUCACGGUUGCACUGAUUUGCACACCUCGUAGUCUUUUUGCUUUUGGAUGAAGCUGUUUCUGUAGGCCGGGUGUUGGUUAAAAGGAUCCGAUGUGGCGUCCUUGUAAAUAACAGCUGGCGCCUCCUGAUGCUCGACUCGACGCUUGCCUUAUGGGAGGAGUGUGUGUGGGGGGGGGAAAUGAGCGUCAUGUAGUCCCUGAUUUGAAAUGUAGUCACAUUCCAGGUUUUUGAUCAUGUAGUGUAUAUUUGUAUUUGUAGUAAAGUAUUUAUCUAUAAUCGUUGUAAAUGGUUGUUCACUUUUGUAACUCCACGACGUUCUCGCGUCACACUGUAAUAUUUGGGGUUUGACUGAAGGCCGGAUGCCGUUUCAAUCUGUCAGUAGACUAUUUGCAUGAAUGUUUAUCAUUUAAAAAAUGUUUUCUUUGUUUCUGUUUUUUUCGUUUUGUUGGUGAAGGGGAACACGUCUUUAUUCUGGAAGCUUCAGGGAUUUUAAGGCAGAUAAUUGGAUAUUAUUAAUAUAAGAAUUAAGCCCUAAGUGAAUUAUUGUUGGGUCCGUCAAUAAAUGUAGCACAUUUCCUGUUAUUACAAUUAGUUAUUUCAUCCACUUCUAUGGAAAUAUUAAUUUGCUUCAUACUCAGUACAUUAAAGGAUUAAAUAAAAUAGUAAAGCUCUUAAAAACAAUGGAUGUAUUUUGUAUUCUGAAUUCAGUCUAAAACUUCCCCUGCUAAGCGCACACUAUGCUAUGCUAAGCUAGCUGCUAACUGAGGCGGCUUGAAGCUAAGUUAAUCACGGUUAAGUUUGCAAGUUGGAAAAACAAAACGAGAAGCUAAAAGAAGCGAUGCAUUUUAUGCACUUCCUGCUGUGGCCACCAGGUGGCAGCAUAACGUGCUGCUAAACGACUUUUUCUCCCUAAAAUAUGCUAACUAGCUACCCGCUAAGUGGACUUUUGUGUAAAAUAUAUAUAUAUAUAUUUAAUUGUUGCUUGAUGAAAGCCUCAAGUUUGAAAUCUCGUUUGAUUCUCCGUUAAUAUAAUGAAAUAUUGAUUAGUCCAUUCAAAUGAUUAAUAACGGAUGAAUCCUCUGGGAUCUAAACUGAGCAACGCUCCAAACAAUCAUCACGUCCACCAGGGCCAAUGUUGUAAAUGGAGCUUUCCAAACACUACGAUGGACCAAGACUCUAAAGACUCUUUUUUUUUUUUUUUCUUUUUUUUCUUGUGAAACGUCUGUAACCGUAAUCACAAACUCUGUAAAUGAUUUUUAUUUUUUACUUUGGUUUGACAUCUGAUUCUUUUCAAAGACACUUUAACGCAGUUUGUUUAAUGUUUGUCUCAAAAACAAAUCACUAUUUUUAAAUCCUUGAUAACACUGACUCAAGUCUCUCUGAGCCCUCAUCCGGACGCCGAGAGAAAAGAAUUGAUGCUUAAUAAAGAUAUUCUGAUAUGUU